GCUCAGAGCCACUGAGGAACGCACUUUGGGAACAUCCGCCCUGGGAAUACGAUGUCUUUUCAGCUCAUUAUACCGGAUAAACACGUUGCAAACUGUUGAAGACAAUGAGAGUCAGCGGACAGAUAUGCUGGGACGUAGCUCUUCAGCAUGCCAAAAAAGGAGCCUAAAUGGAACCCCAUAAUGCCUGCUGAUUACCUCACCUGGCGUCAAAUUUCAUUGAAGGACCAGUCGAGCGGACAAAAUGGGUAACGUCAUGCGAGGUGUCCUCGCCUUCAUCCCAUCGGAACGCUGCCAACGCUUUCUGGUGGGGGACCUGAAGGAGAUGCCGCUUGAUCGGACUCUGGACCUGAGCAGCCGCCAGUUGCGACAGUUACCUGUCGCUGCAUGUGUCUUUGACGAGCUGGUCAAGCUCUACCUGAGUGACAACAACCUCACCAGCUUGCCAGAGGAGUUGCAUCUUCUGAGGAAACUUCAGUUGCUGGCCCUUGACUUUAACUGUUUUGAAGAGCUACCUGCAGCUGUCUGCAGACUACCUCAGCUUAGCAUUCUUUAUUUGGGGAACAACAGACUUUAUCACCUUCCAAAGGAACUUCAAGAGCUCAAGGAACUUAACACAUUAUGGCUGGAAACUAAUUGCUUCAGCGUCUUCCCAAAUGUGGUUUGUGAGCUCCCUAAUCUCAAGACCCUGCACCUCGGCUACAACCAGAUCCGCAGUUUACCCAACGAACUUGGCAGGCUGGAGGAGCUUCGUAGUAUCUGGCUAGCUGGGAACGAGCUGACAGACUUCCCGCCGGUGUUGCUGGAGAUGCACUUCCUUGCCAUAGUGGAUGUGGAUCGCAACAGAAUCCAACGUUUUCCCGCACUGUCUCAUUUGCAGGGGCUAAAGCUGGUCAUCUACGACCAUAACCCCUGUGUUAAUGCCCCAGUGGUGGCCGAGGGAGUCAGAAGGGUUGGUCGCUGGGCGGACUGCUCAGACGAUGAGCAAGACGACGAAGGGUCAAAGAUGGCCGGUGAUUCUCCUGCCAAGGUUGUGGAGGUUGAGCCGAAGGAGGAGCUCCACAUGUAAGGUCAAUGGACAACAUGACAUUCAACUGUGGAAAGGUCUGACGGUGCAGCAUGUCGCUCAAGUGGAUCACUUGAAACAAAGAGAUUGUGCAGUGCUUUGCCAUAAAUGGUCAAGAAUGGCCUUGAUUGGACUAUACAUGUUGACUCUGGAAAUGGGGACCAUAUUUAGUGUUGGUUCCCAUGUUUCUACAGUCAUUGUAAUAGGGAAAUUUGUUGUAUCUACAAAGAUGUAUCAUAGACUAUUGUACAAUAGUACCUCAACUUACAAGCCUAUUUGGUUCUUUGACGUAGCUCUUAACUCAAAACACUUGUGUCUCAAAUCAAAGUCUCCCUUUGAAAUAAACUGAAAUGAAUUUAAUCAUCCCCCCACCCACCGGCCGCCUCCCAAAAAAGAAAAAAGAAAAACCCAGCAUAAUUACAAAGGGGACUAAUUAUGCAAAGCCAAUUGUUCUUACCUCUUGGUACACUGCCUGCUUUUGUGUAUUUGGGAUCCCCAUGAGACCCGAAACUUUCAAAUUAAACAAUGGAGGCAUUGGGUAGAGGAAUAUUUAUAAAACAAUAUUGCCUUCUUUUAUACUUCUCCAAACAAACUAUUUUGAAUUUGGUCUGUCCUGUGACGUUUUCUGCCCAUUGACAUCAGCGGAUAUCUCCACAUAAUGUAGAAAUGUAUGCGAAUAUCUUUUCACUAUUCCGCCAUUGAAGGAAGAAUGCUUUAGUCAAUAAGUUCCUUCUUUUUCCAGUGUGGAAGACUGGCUUGCACAUGCACACGCAUCCUCCACUGUUGCCAUUUCUAACACAAAGUAACGUUCGAACUUACAGUAUAUCUGUCAGUAGACUCGAAAUGGAAGCGCUAAAAUAACAUGACUGACAGAAAAAAGUUGCUGUUGAAAUACCUGGCUGUUAUCUACUGCCCCCCAGGGCCCUAUUCGGACUUUAUCAAUGAAUUCUCAGAGUCCGUUGCUGAUCUAGUGACGCACGCCGAUAAUAUAAUUAUAAUAGGGGACUUUAAUAUCCAUAUGAAUACCCCAUCGGACCCACCGUGCGUAGCGCUCCAGACUAUAAUUGAUAGCUGUGGUCUUACACAAAUAAUAAAUGAACCCACGCAUCGCAACGGUAAUACGAUAGACCUAGUACUUGUCAGGGGUAUCACCGUUUCCAAAAUUACAAUACUCCCGUUUACUAAAGUAUUGUCCGAUCAUUACCAUAUAAAAUUCGAGGUUCAGACGCAUGUUCAUCAAACUAAUAAUAAUAACAACUGCUAUAGCAGCCGCAACAUUAAUACGGCCACAACGACAAUUCUUGCUGACCUACUGCCCUCGGUAAUGGUACCAUUCCCAAAGUAUGUGGGCUCUAUUGAAAACCUCACUGACAACUUUAACGACGCCCUGCGCGAAACCAUUGAUAACAUAGCACCGCUAAAGUUAAAAUGCCCUUAUGUGGGCCUACCGAGGAUGUCGUAGUGGUUUGUGUUGUGGUUUGUGCAGCCCUUUGAGACACUAGUGAUUUAGGGCUAUAUAAGUAAACAUUGAGUGAUUGAUUGAUUGAUGAAUAGGAGCCGCGACAAAACGACGCACUAUAAAGAGACGGUAAGAAAGCGGCUUGCAGACGGUGUGUAUAACGUAAUCCAUGCAAAAUUUGGACCAAAGAACCACCCUUACAUGUUAUGUAAAUUACAAGAAAGUGUUUUAAAUGUAGAAAACAAAUCAUAGUAUGACCACCUUUAAAAUGUAACGUGCCUUUUUUUUAAAAAAGAAAAGAAAGACAUUUAAGCUAAAACUAAAAUUGUACAAGUAACUGCAGCAAUAUAAUAAUAAUGUCCAGCAAUUACAUUGGAGUUUGGACUUCUACACACUAUCAGCAGCUUCUACAUAUUUUACUGGAUAAAUGUCUGCGGUUUGGAUGUUUUAACCUUCACACUCACAUUCUAUCUUCACAUGCUUGGAAGUUUUAUCCAUUUUUAGCUAUAAGGAAAUGUUACUUAUAUGCUCUGGGUGGUGUUCACUGGGACAUUUGCUAUGGCAACUAAUGUCGGGGAUGCUUGUAACUCAAACUUUUCCUUGAACCUAAAGCAUGGCAAUUAGCUGAGAGACAGCUGUUAUCUCAAGCCACUCUUAAGUUGGGGUACCACUGUGUAUUUGAACUUGUCUCACACACACACACACACA